AUGGGGUUAUGGAAACAUAUGGCUGUUGAAACGACCGGAGCUUCAGAGAAAACAGCUCGACAGGACCGACUGGACUCCGGGGGUGUGAGAGCAUCAUACACGAUGGCAAAGACUGAUUCUGGCAGAAUGGAAAAAUACAAGUCAAUAAUCAAUGCAGUGGGAUCAAAAUAUGACAUCGAACCAGCUCUCAUUGCUGCCAUCAUCUCCAGAGAGUCCAGGGCUGGAAACGUGCUUCAAGACGGCUGGGGAGAUCAUGGCAACGCCUGGGGACUGAUGCAGGUUGACGUCAAUCCAAGUGGAGGUGGACACACUGCUAAAGGCGACUGGAACAGCGAGGAACAUCUCUCUCAAGGCACUGAGAUCCUGAUUUAUUUUCUCAAUCGGAUCAAAAACAAGUUUCCCAGCUGGACCAGUGAGCAGCAGCUGAAAGGGGCGAUAGCAUCCUACAAUACAGGGGAUGGAAGAGUAAACUCCUAUGAGAAUGUGGAUGAGAAAACCACAGGCAAAGACUACUCCAACGAUGUUGUUGCCAGAGCUCAGUGGUACAAAACUAAUGGUGGCUUUUAGCAGCUGAAACUGCCAGACAUGUCUGAGAAAUCAUGAAAGAAAUGUCUAUAUAAUGUGUCGACCUGAAUAAACAUAAUGCAACUCAAA